UAAAGUUUUCAAAGCGCAGCGGCGGCUCUUGGGGAAAAGGAAGCGAGUAGCAGGGCUUCUGGCCAAGCAGAGGAUCGUGCUGAGCUGAACUCAGCUGGGGUUACAAGCUCAAGGCAAGACUUCUGAUGCUCCCCAAAGAGACUGGAUUUGCCUGCUUGGCUCAGCUCACCCUACAAUGCAGACUUUGCCCCUCCAGGUCAGGACUGGAGUUUUAAAAUAAAAUGGAUGAUUUGACGUUACUUGAUCUUCUGGAGUGCCCCGUGUGCUUUGAAAAGCUUGAUGUCACAGCCAAAGUCCUCCCUUGCCAGCACACCUUCUGCAAACCAUGUCUCCAGAGGAUUUUCAGGGCCCACAAGGAGCUGAGGUGCCCCGAAUGCAGGACCCUGGUGUUUUGCAGCAUCGAGGCACUGCCGGCCAACCUGCUGCUCGUGCGUCUUCUAGAUGGUGUGCGCUCGGGGCAGAGCUCAGGAAGAGGGGGCUCCUUCCACAGGCCUGGCGUGCUGACUCCGCAGGACAGCAGGAAAAGCAGGACUAACCCCAGAGGUCUGCAGUCCAGCCCUUUCCGGCUGGUGCCUAAUAUCAGAAUCCACAUGGACGGGGUGCCUCGGGCAAAAGCCUUAUACAACUACCGAGGGCAGAAUCCUGGUGACCUGAGGUUUAAUAAGGGAGAUGUCAUCCUUCUCCGGAGACAGCUGGAUGAGAACUGGUACCAGGGGGAAAUCAAUGGAGUCAGUGGGAUCUUCCCAGCCAGCUCCGUGGAAGUUAUCAAGCAGCUGCCCCAGCCACCCCCACUCUGCCGAGCGCUCUACAACUUCGACCUACGACACAAAGACAAGAGUGAGAACCAGGACUGCCUGACCUUCCUCAAGGGUGAUAUCAUCACGGUGAUCAGCCGAGUGGAUGAGAAUUGGGCAGAAGGCAAGUUAGGGGAUCAAGUAGGCAUCUUCCCGAUCUUGUUUGUAGAGCCAAACCUCACUGCAAGACACCUUCUAGAGAAGAACAAAGGCCGGCAGUCAGCCCGCACGAAGAGCCUGUCACUGGUGCCCUCAUCCUCCCAAGGCAAAGCAACCAACAUGCCCACCCUGCGAAGGGGCCCUGGGCCCAGGAGGAAGGGGCCUGGCCAGUUCUCCAUCACAACAGCCUUGAACACUCUCAACAGGAUGGUCCAUUCUCCCUCGGGGCGCCAUAUGGUGGAGAUCAGCACCCCAGUGCUCAUCAGCUCCAGCAACCCCUCUGUGAUCACCCAGCACAUGGAGAAAGCAGAUGUUCCUCCCAGCUCUGUGGGGCAGGUCAGCACUUACCACCCUGUACCUGCCUCCCCAGGACAUUCCACGGCCAUCGUCAGUCUGCCCGGCUCCCAGAAACACCUCUCAGCGAACAUGUUUGUAGCCCUGCACUCCUACUCAGCCCAUGGACCGGAUGAGCUGGACCUGCAGAAGGGAGAAGGCAUCAGGGUCCUGGGCAAGUACCCGGACGGCUGGCUCAGGGGCGUCUCCUUGGUCACUGGGCGGGUCGGCAUCUUCCCCAACAACUAUGUCAUCCCCAUUUUCAGAAAGACAUCUAGUUUUCCAGAUUCUCGGAGUCCUGGUCUCUACGCCACAUGGACAUUAUCCAACUCCUCUGUGUCAUCCCAAGGCAGCAUUUCAGAAGGUGAUCCCCGGCAGAACCAGCCCUUCAAGUCCGUCUUUGUGCCCACCGCCAUAGUCGACCCUGUGAGGAGCACGGCCAGCCCAGGGACUUUAGGACGGGGCUCUCUUCGGAAAUCUGGGCAGAGCAGCAUGAGAAAGAGUAAGUGGUGGCAGAGAGAUGGAUCCCUGCAGAGACCCGUCCAGUCAGGGAUCCCCGCCCUCAUGGUGGGCUCCCUCAGACGCAGUCCCACCAUGGUCGUACGGCCUCAGCAGUUCCAGUUCUACCAGCCGCAGGGGGUCCCCUCCUCAGCCUCAACAGUGGUGGCAGAACUGGGACCUAAGCCCACUCCCACUGGGGAGCCUGCCCUCACAUGCGUCAGCAGGGGCAGUGACACCAGGAUCCACUCUGCAGCCAGUUCCCUCAUCAUGGAAGGCAAGGAAAUCCCCAUCAAGAGUGAGCCUCUACCUAAACCACCUGCAUCUGCCCCACCAUCGAUCCUGGUGAAACCAGAAAACUCAAGAAAUGGCGUCGAAAAGCAAGUCAAAACCGUGAGAUUUCAGAAUUACAGUCCUCCUCCUGCCAAACAGUACACCUCCCAUCCCACCUCAGGAAAGCCUGAACAGCCCGCCACCCCUAAGGGGUCCCAGCCUGAAGCCGCCCCCACAGAGAUGAACGUCCUAUUCGCCCACCGAAGCGGCUGCCAUUCCGGACAGCAGACAGACCUUCGAAGGAAGUCAAGUUUGGGCAAGACCAUGACCCCGGUGUCCACUGCUUCGGCCACACAGACCGUGUUUCCCAGCAAAUGAAUCUACGGGUGGCUUUUCCCAGACCCCAAAGAGACCCUGCCUUGGUCAUCUUCCCAGGAGGAGCUAGCAACAACUGGGAUACUGAAGAGAACACAUCAUCUGCUUGGAUGGAAACUGCUCAAUGGAGUUUGUGGACCAUGUGAUAGUCCUCAGACAUCAGGGGUGGUACCGGAAUACCAACAGGCCGGCCUCUGGGGCAGAAGGGCAAGAGGAGAAGGAACACAUCUGUCCUCAUCUAGAGCAUCUCUGGGUGGUGAGCCGGAGAGGGAGCAGCGCGUGACUCACAGGCUGUUCCAGGUUACAGCAAACUCCCACCCCUCAUAUUAUUCUGUUCUUUUGUCAGAGCCAAACUUUAUCUUGCCAAUUUCUCACACCUUGGCACCUAACUGACAAAUGAAAAGACUAGACAUCAAAUUCCUUCCAGCUCUGUGACUGGCCAGUCUGUGCAGCUCACCUUUGGAGCAGUGUGGGCAGGGGCCGGCAUGAUAUUCUCCUCUUGGACAGUCAAGCCAAAGAGGCCAGUGCCUCUCCACAAGGCCCCUAGCUCUGACCCCCUCUCCUGACUCCCAGCAAACAUCCUGAGUCUUUCCACCACAUCUGUGUUCUUCUCUAAUCCGAUUCCAUGCUAUCUUCCCCCCACCCCCGACACUGAUCAAGAGGGUUUCUGCUAGAAUAUACUGAUUAAAGAAAUGAGGACUUGGUACAUAAAGAAUUUCAGAACAAAAAUCCAUGAAGAGAGCUACCACAAACUACAGAGAGGCUAUUUGAAGUCUAAAGAUACAAAAUCACUUAAACCAUGUAUUCUUUUUUGCUCAGAAACAAGUCAUUUUAAAGGGCAAGUCAUUAGAAGAUCUUCUACACCUGGUUUAAAAAACUCUAAAAUACAAAUUUUACAACCAGCAUGGGGCUCAAACUCAACCCUGAGAUCAAGAGUCGCACGGUCUCCCAACUAAGCCAGCAAGGUCCCCUACCCUAAAAUACAAAUUUUAAAUUAUCCAUGUUAACCAGAGAGAGCCACAGUCCCGAUAAAUGCAAUUCAGAAGUAGCCUGAGACUCCUCGGGCCAUCCCCUAUCUUAAGACAUCCAUGAGAAUUUCAUUUUUAAAAGCACACGCUGCCCUGAUUAUUAAAGACAAUGACAAGAACACAACAGUAUUUGGAUACAUUGGUUGUUUUAAAGUUCAGGAUUGUAAUUUUUCACAGAAACCACCUCAACCUGUCAUGCAGUCCUGCUUGUAAGCAGGAGCAAGCAUCAGCCAAACCCUGAGCAGAGUAAGGAAUAUAUUUUGUGGUUACAGGAAUGCUUUCUUCUAUGUGAAGCUGCCGCAUGCAGGACUCAAACUACCACCCAUCUCUUAAUUAAAUGAGUAACUUGGACUUUUUAGCCACACCUUCCUCUCAGUUAACCCCAGGGGAAAGUGAUAAUAAACAACAACAACCCCAAAGUAAUUGGCUUUAUCUGCCAGGUGGUGAGUGAGAAGCUAAGAGGUAUGGAGAGACCACAGAAAGGAUAAUUCAGGGAUGACACUGCCUCUCACACAUGGUCAGUGAUGCUGUUGCCAACUGUCUGUUGUCCCUUCUCUCUUAACUCCUCUGACUCAAUGUUGGUUCCAUUUCCUCUGGGAUGAAUUCAGGUUUGGUUGGCUCCUCUUUAGCCCCAGUAGCAAAGGAUCCAGAGAUGCUGCCUUCAGAUUCUGGAAUCUACUUGUUACUAUCAUGAGGCCCUACAGCCCACCUAUAAAUAGGUUUCGGUGACUUCAUUUUCCAGAGAAAAGUCAUUCAAUUAUCAGAGUUGGAAGGAAUUUUACUUUUAUAGAUAAUGCUUGGAAAGGUAAAGUACAGGCAAGCUGCCCACACAAAAGCAAGUUGUAUAAAUUGGGGGCGGAGGUAAACACACAACAUCUUUGAGUCCCCAGAAACCAUUAGACCACAUUAGCUAAUUAUAGCCUUGUGUUCAAGGGCCUCUCAUUCCCAUUUGCUGCUUCUCACAUUUUCUUUCUUCUUCCUCUCCCAUUGACAGCAACAGGAAAUCAUUCCUAAUUUGUACACUUGCUGUUUUUUAAGUCUCUGGGAAUUUUCCAUGACUUAUCAAGUGGAGGGUUUCAUGGAAAUUUAGCUUUUCCUUUGAAUCUGCUUAGCCAAGAGACCAAAUAUUUUUUUAAAAACAUUGAAGAAUCUGAUUUGUUGCCAGCCAAACAGAGGCUUAAGAAAGGCACCCCCACUCUCCCUGUUUCCUAAAGUUUUCAUCCGGACUGUCAAUUCCACCAGGGAUUCCAAAAAGUCAUGGGCCAAAAAGUGGUGGAAGGAGUGGGAAGCGAGUGAGGAUGAAUUAGAAUGGUCAGAAUGAGGUCAGCCCAGAAAUUUACCCUAGAAUACCCUAGAAGAGUUUGCUAACCACAGAGUCUGGAUUUCAUCCUCUGGAAUUGUUGCUUCUUAUUCCAUGUGGCUCGGGAGAGGGUGUUGUUUAGGGGAAAAAGCAGAAAGACAAAACGGAAGGGGAGAAAAAUUCGCUCCUCCAUGGAGAUGCAAGCAGAGAACCUAUAGACUCUUGUGUCUUGUUUUUUUAAGUACAGUGUUUUUAAUAGACCAAAAGAGAAUCUUGAUGAGGUAAUACGUAUGUGAGUGAUGUUUAUGAAAUAGGGUGUAAAAUCUUAACCAUUAUGGACUAUUGUAUAAAUAAAGCUUAGAUAUAUAAAAUAUAGAAACUUAUAAAAAAUCAUUUUAUAGAGCAGGGGACACUUAAGGAAUUACAAAGUUUUCAUAUCUUUGUUCCAAAAAAAUAGAAAGUUCCAAGGCUGGCAGCUUAUUUCCUUAGUAUAUUCCACUGUAAAGGCAAGAACUUUGGUGGGGUUUUAUGUGUUUUCUGGUUUUGUAAUUUAUAAUAAUCUGUAUGGAUUACUUUGAAAUGUGUGUAGCUUGUGUGUUCAUGUUGUUUGCCCAUGCGGAGUCAUCAGAGAUCUGUUCCAUACUUUGCAACUCCGAAAACCAAAAGAAAUUUUCUAGUGAAAAAAAAAAAUACAUGGAACAUGCCUUCACUGUUGGGAAACCCUCGGAUUUCUGCCACUGACAGCUUUUUGCAGGUCUGAGGAAAUGGGAAGUUUAAUAUCAGAGUUGUUGUCUCUCACUUAAAUAUUGGGUGUUGGUUCACUUUUCUCCUGGGAAGAAUGCACGUAUUUUUGGUCCUUUUUUUUCUUGCACUUGACAUGAUCUGGAGGAAACCAGAAGUCAGGGCCCUAAGCUGCCUUGCUUUGGGACCACUCUCCACCAUCAGCUUUCAAAGAACCAUUCACAUACUAAUUCUGUUUUCUGUUCUGUGAUUUGGUGGUAGAACCACUGCUUUUUGGAACCCAGUGUUUUGUUUGGGCUUGUGGCUCUGACGAAGUGUUGAGUUUGCUCUUUCCUAGCCAGACUAAGGAGAAGAAGCCAAGGGAAACAAGGGUCCCCUUGCUGGACACGUCCACCUGCAGCUCCCACCAGCACAGGAGACCCACGCCAGAGACCAGGGCCCACAGUACCAUCUGCUUUCCACGUGGGGAGGGGGGUGCCCAUAAUGUCAAAGUGGGGACAUUACCCAAGUCCCCUUCGUCAGAACUGAGUACAAUUCCCAGCUGUAAGCCUGAGAAGCCUGAUGUGUGUUUUAGCAUGGAACAAUAAAGCCGGGUUAGCUGUCCCUCGGGCCUGGUGUUUUCAGGAGCUGGUUUGGAGGGGGAGCGUGUUAUCGAGGGUUCCAUAUCAACGUUGAGCAUUUGCUUUCCCUGGCAGCUGCUCAGGACGUCCGAAAGGGAGGGCCGGGAGGAGAGGCAUCACGUGUCAGACGGGAACGGCUGGGGGUCUGUGCGGAUGGCCGCCACGGCCUCUUGGAGCUCCCCAGGCUGGGUUCGUCUCUGGAGAGCAAACUCCCAGCUGUGCAACCCCGAAGGCCCAGAGAGACCUCGGCCAGAAGCCUUCUCUGCUUGCUUAGCGCGGAGGUCGGGAGCACAGCCUCAAGAACCUAACUGCCUGGCACCUCGCAGCUAUAUGGCCGUGGGCAAAUCACUUAGCUGCUCUGUGACUCCGGUUCCUUUUCUGGAAAAGGGAGCUCUCAUAGCAUCUUCUUGAGGAGUGAAAGGUUAAAUGUCUUAAAACACGGUAGAGCACUUUGAACAGGAUCUGGCAUAGAGACAAGUGGCCACUAAAAUGAGUUUCACCACCUUUUGAAAUGUUUGCCACAUCCACCAACCAUCCAUACUGUUACUUACUUAAGAUUAUUCGAAUGGAUUCCAUUUUAAUCUAAAAUUUAAUUGAAAAGAAAACUUUAUAUCCCAGCUGUAAAUGGAAAACUAACAUAAUUUGCUAUGAAUAUAAGGUAGCAGUUAUAUUGUUAUAACAACUCCUGUUUACUGAGUCCUUGCUACUUGCCAGGCAGUGGGCUAAGAGUCCUGACUUGUUAGAAUCCUCACGGCCCUCUGAGUUCAGCAUCGUCCUUUUACAGAUGAAGAAACUGAGGCACAGGGGCAUUAGAAAAUUUGCCAUGGUCACACACUCAGCAAACGCGGGCGGCAGUUCGGGCUUCGGGACACAGGCUCGUCAGCCCUGUUCUGUGCCGCCGCCCUGACAAAAGCAGUAUUUCAUUCCUGGGGCUGACAGGUGGCGUACAGCUUCCCAGGACUUCGGUAACUAAGUGCUGCAAACUGGCUAGCUUACGAGUGAAACUCAAUCUCUUCCGGUCUGGAGGCUUCAGGUCCAAAAUCAAGAUGAGGGCAGGGCGAUGCUCCCUCCAAGACCUCCCUUGCCUCUUCCAGCUUCCGGUCACCCCAGGCAUCCCGUGGUUUGUGGCUGCAUCGCUCCGAUCUCUGCGUCUCCACAUGGCUGUCUUCCCGCUGUGUGUCUGUCUUUGUGCCUCCUCUCUUCUUGUGAGGACAUCAGUCGCGCUGGAUUUGGGCCCGCCCGAAUGACUCAUCUUAGCUUAAUUACAUAUGCAGGACCCUGUUUCCAAGUAAGGCCACACUCACCAGGAGUUAGGACUUCAACAUAUCUUUUUUUGGCGGGGGUGAGGGGGUGCGGGGGCGGACAGGCGGACCAAUUCAGCUGCCCACCUAAGGCUUCGAGCUUGGGGCCGAAGACCCGCCAGUGUUGGAGAGUGUUCAAAUCGGCAGCCACCUGAGGCCGUCUCCUUCAUGCGGCGGGGACUGAAGGAGUCAGGACAAGGGAAGGACGAUGCUUCUCUGUUUUAGUGAGACUUCGUGUCCAGACGAGGUGCUAACUAAGAUUAACCUUCUCCUGCCCCACUGCCGGCUCUGUGGGUGAAGGGGGUUAGCAGAAGAAAGCUUCCCAGGGAAGGAUGGUGGUAGGAAGAUGAGGGAAAAUGCAACCUUCUCCAACUC